CUUCUCUGUCUCCCUAACCUCAGUGAGAUUGCAGCCAGGCUGAGACCUGUGGGAGACAUGGAAAAAGAGACAAGGGACCCCCUGGCUGGAUCUAACCAACAGAGUAGGCAGUCAUGGCUGGAGACUUGGAUAGCAGAGUAAUGUUUGACCUCUGGAAACACUCAUUCUCAAUGCAAGAUCCUCCGCUGCAACGCUGAGUAUGUAUCGUCCACGCUGAGCCUUAGAGGCGGCAGUUCACCUGGAGCGCUUCGAGGAGGAGGAGGAGGCCGGGGUGGAGGGGUGGGCUCCGCUGGUCUUUGUCGUGCCCUCCGCUCGUACGCGCUCUGCACUCGGCGCACGGCCCGCACCUGCCGAGGGGACCUCGCCUUCCACUCGGCAGUGCAUGGAAUCGAAGACUUAAUGAUUCAGCACAACUGCUCCCGCCAGGGCCCCACGGCCCCGCCCCCGCCCCGGGGCCCCGCCCUUCCAGGCACCGGCCCAGCCCGCUCCUCCGGCUCCCCGGCCCCAGACCCCUGUGAUUAUGAAGGCCGGUUUUCCCGGCUUCACGGUCGUCCCCCAGGCUUUUUGCAUUGCGCCUCCUUCGGGGACCCUCACGUGCGCAGCUUCCACCACCACUUUCACACGUGCCGUGUCCAAGGAGCUUGGCCCUUGCUGGAUAACGACUUCCUCUUUGUCCAGGCCACCAGCUCUCCCGUGGCUUCAGGGGCCAACGCCACCACCACCCGGAAGCUCACCAUCAUAUUUAAGAACAUGCAGGAAUGCAUUGAUCAGAAGGUCUACCAGGCUGAAGUGGACAAUGUUCCUGCAGCCUUUGAAGAUGGUUCUAUCAAUGGAGGUGACCGUCCUGGGGGCUCAAGUUUGUCCAUUCAGACUGCUAACCCUGGGAGCCACGUGCAAAUCCAAGCUGCCUAUAUCGGCACAACCAUAAUCAUUCGGCAGACAGCUGGACAGCUCUCCUUCUCCAUCAAGGUAGCUGAGGAGGUGGCCAGGGCCUUCUCAGCUGAGCAGGACCUGCAGCUCUGUGUGGGAGGGUGCCCUCCAAGUCAGCGACUCUCACGAUCAGAGCGCAAUCGUCGGGGAGCUAUAACCAUUGAUACUGCUAGACAGCUGUGCAAGGAAGGACUGCCAGUUGAAGAUGCUUACUUCCAUUCCUGUGUCUUUGAUGUUUUAAUCUCUGGUGAUCCCAACUUUACUGUGGCAGCUCAGACAGCUCUGGAGGAUGCCCGAGCCUUCCUGCCAGACUUAGAGAAGCUGCAUCUCUUCCCCUCAGAUGGCGGGGUUCCUCUCUCUUCAGCAACCUUCCUCACUCCACUCCUUUCUGGCCUGUUUCUUCUGUGGCUUUGCAAUUCCACGACGAGUUUGGGAAUGAUAUGGGGAUAGAGAUUGUCAGGAAGGAACAUAAACACUGAAGGAAACAGUGGGAACUUGGAGAGACCUGAAACAAUGAGUCAGAUGAAUCCAAUCAGAUAAGGCUGCAG